AUGAUCGGUGGGCGACUUGAUCCGUUCGACUCAUUUGCGCCAAAUCUGAACCCUAUGAGCGACUCAUUAAUCCUCUACUAUCAUCAAGUUUUCUCCAUGAAUUCUCCCAUCCUCAACUUUCCACGAGAUUGUUUCCUCCGCUCUACACCUGACUUGGCGUGGUUUCAUUCGAUUCUGUAUAUCGUAUCCGCAGAUUACGAUGUGAAACUUGGCGUGUCCGAUUCCAGCUUGAGCCUGUACCACGGCGGCGCCAGUUUUAAAUUCAUCAAUACAGAGCUCCAGGAAAAAGUGAUUCGCGAUUCAACAAUCUCGGCAGUGGCAUUAGUUGCUUCCAGAGAGGGAAUAUGUGGCAACUUUGAAAUGUCCAAAGUACACAUGGAGGGACUAGAGCGAAUAGUGAAAAAACGAGGAGGGAUACAAAACAUAAAAGGAAUACAUGCGCAAAUAGCGACUUGGUGUGACUUUUGCUACUCAAAUAUUUGGAACCUCCAACCGCGGUUUUCUCGUCUCUAUGAUGUACCACCAGAGAACAGCCUUAGAGAACUUGAUCGAACCACCGCUAGAUCUCCGGUAUUGGGAAGUAUUGCUGGCAUAAGUUCAGAAAUGGCUUGUAUAUUAUGGUCAUUUCAUGAUGUGUCCUCCUCUUCCACCAAUGCUACUCCUUGCCCUUCUGAUCUUCAGAAAACAAGCAUGCAGAUCUAUAACAUUGAAUACGAUCUGCUUAUGCUUAAUGAGACACCAAAUUCUCAGAAGAUUAAGAGAUUAUCGAAUGAAGCCGCCGCACUCAAAGUGGCUGCCCAUUUGUAUCUCUACCUGUUGUUACGGAAACUUCCAAGCGGCUCACCAGUCUUUUCUGAGCUAAUUACUCGAUUAAGAAAUGCCUUGGACAAGUGUGAUGAAGUAUCCGAGGAUUCACAAUACGACAGGCUGAUAUGGCGUCUGUGGAUCUUACUCGUUGGCUAUGCAGCUGCUGCGGAAAGGGAGGAUAAGUGGAAAUUCGUGGAAGGCUCACGGGCGAUAUGCAAAGCUCUUCAUAUUACACGUGGAGCCCAGCUGAACAGCUCGUUGAGAGCAACAGUGUGGCAAGAACUAACGUGCGAACGUUGGGCUAAAAGUCUUUGGGCAGACUGUUUGCGUGUGCGAUGA